AUGGGAGACCGGUCCGACCAUCACCUCCAUCGGGAUGAUGAGCCCGUCACUUCCGUCACCGACCACGAACCCAGACCUCCGUCGCCGACUGCCACGAGUCAUUCCCGCGGCGAGGAUCGUGUCGAACGAGACGCGUUAGAACUCCACGAAAUUGAGACACAGCUGGAUCAUGAAUUCAGCUGCUCAUCGCCUUCGAUCUCCUCCGGCGAGUAUCGCAUUACCACUCGCCGGACGGCGUCCCGCUCCAGUCAACGCACGGAGCGAAGUCGAGCGCCACGGAAGGGGCUCUUAGGGAAGGUGGAACGCUUCUGGACACACAACGUGGUCUUGACCGUCCCGCAGAAAAGUAACCGCGAUCACUUUGCGCUGGAGCGGACAUUCCUUGCCUAUAUCCGGACAUCGGUAGUCAUAGCAAUGCAAGGCGUACUAAUCGCCCAGCUCUUUCGCCUUCAACAACAACCAUCCCCCGAGGAUCGAUUGACAUACUAUGAAGUGGCUAUCCCCCUUUCAGUAACGUGUCAUUGCAUUGCUGCCAUUGUAGCAGUGAUAGGAGCGUGUCGUUUUUGGAAACAGCAGAAUGCUGUCGCGUUGGGAACCGUCCAUGCCGGCGGUUGGGAAUUGAACUGCAUCGGACUGCUAAUCGCAUUGAUAAUCUUGGCGCUUUUUGUCUUAUCGAUCGUGAUCAUUGUUGAACUUGAAUAA